CGGAUAAAAUAGCAGACACGUUCACUUCACUCUCCCCUUUUUUGCAUGUACACUCUUUUACUGAACAUUGAACAAUAUGCAUCCAUUUUCCCCAAAUCACUGAAUUUGCUGUUCAAUUUCUGUGCAAAACAAUGAUCCGAUUGAUAUCUCGGAGGAUUGAGAUUGGUACUGGUGAUGGAGGAAUUUCGAAUUUAGGUUUUGACAAAAGAGGUAUUGUUACGAGCUGUAGAGCUGUGUUGUUGCCGCGAUUUGGUGGACCGGAGGUGCUUGAGUUUCGUGACAAUGUAGCUGUUCCUGAUCUAAAACCUAAUCAAGUGCUUGUUCGUGCUCGUGCUGUUUCAAUCAAUCCACUUGAUACCAGAAUGCGAUCAGGAUAUGGACGUUCAAUUUUCGAACCACUUCUACCAUUGAUUUUGGGCCGAGAUAUAAGUGGUGAAGUUGCAGCUGUUGGAAAUUCUGUCAAGUCACUUACAGUUGGGCAGGAGGUAUUUGGUGCUCUGCAUCCAACCGCUGUGAGGGGUACUUAUACUGACUAUGCUAUUCUUGCGGAGGAUGAACUUGCUCCAAAGCCGGGAUCACUUUCACAUGCAGAAGCCAGUGCUAUCCCUUUUGCUGCGCUAACUGCUUGGCGUGCGCUAAAAAGUACUGCCAGAAUAAGAGAGGGGCAUAGGGUAUUGGUCAUAGGUGGAGGAGGAGCAGUAGGUUUCUCUGCAAUUCAGCUUGCAGUGGCUGCAGGCUGCCAUGUUUCUACUACGUGUGGAGGAGAGAGUAUAAGUCGCAUUUUAGCAGCCGGUGCUGAGCAGGCCGUUGACUAUACCAUUGAGGAUGCUGAAGUAGCACUUAAGGGGCAUUUUGAUGCUGUCUUGGAUACAAUUGGUGUGCCAGAUACAGAGAGAAUGGGUAUUAGCCUUUUAAAGAAAGGUGGACACUACAUGACGUUACAGGGGGAGGCUGCAUCGGUGACUGAUAGGCACGGACUAGCUAUUGGUCUUCCUAUGGCAGCAGCCAUCUUGCUGAAGAAACAAAUCCAAUAUCGAUAUUCUCAUGGAAUAGAAUAUUGGUGGAAUUAUAUGAGGGCUGAUGCUGAGGGUUUACAUGAGAUACGCCGGUUAUCUGAGGCUGGGAAGCUUCAAGUCCCAGUAGAUAAAACUUUCCCAAUUUCACAGGUGAGAGAGGCUCACAAGGCCAAGGAUAGACGACAAAUUCCUGGCAAAGUGGUGCUAGAAAUUGACUGAUUUAACUGGACGAUCUUAACCAACGGGACUUGGAUUCAGUGCACAAGGCUAUAAUGUCCCAUGCAAUCUGGUAUUGCACUGAAUUCUUGAUGCCUAUUGCCUCGUAUACGUUAUCAUCUCUUUGCAGAAUAACCAGACCCAAUUUACACACUGUUGGAAUAUAUAGGAUUCAGAAGAAAACUGUGCAACCUGUAAAUUCUCGGGACAUUCUCAUUUUUUUUCUUUUCUAUAUCUAUCCGUGAUUGUUUCUA